CACCAUCCCGCCCACAGACAUCACACACACACAGACACACAAACCGCUCUGUCUGACUGCAGAUUGGACACACUGGGUAGGGGUAUGCCCAGUUUUAGUUGCUGGUAAAGUUUUUUUUUAAAAAAACACUGAAUUACCAACAAAACCGCGGCCCUGGGUUAGUGACUGAAACCCUACUUCUCCUUAUUAUGCUGAGCUGGUCAGAGAAAACCCCGGAUAAACCGAGGGUGAGCAGUUGCUGGGAAAUAACAGUGGAAACGAAAACAGAAAGUGAAAUCCCCUUCAUGUUGACGCCUAUAUUGCAGCGAGAAAGAUCGGGAUAUGUCUCUUUGAAGUCGGCUGGACGGGAUGUUUCGGACUGGAUUCCUACCCUUGGCCUUAUCUCUAUGCCUGUGCGGUGUGUCCUGGAACAGACUGCAGGUCUCCGCCACGGAAUCGAGUGAGAACAUUCUGAAUGCAAGUUAUCAUAAACCUUCUCCUCCAGUGAACUUGUCUUUGAAGUCACACAAUUUUAAGACCGUACUAACAUGGACUUAUGUAAAUAAGACAUCUGAAGCAACAAACUUUACUGUCCAGUUCAGGGAUUACCAGACUGCUCAAUGGCAGCUGUUCCCACCCUGUUCGAACAUUGCUUUAUAUCACUGCGACGUCACUGAAGCCUUUAGUGUGAACCUUAGUACAUCAAAUUCCUAUUACGCCAAAGUCAAAGCAAUCACAAAAUUUGAGGAGUCACAAUUUGUCCUCACGGAAAGAUUCAGUUUUCAACAGAAUGCCACAAUAGGUGCACCCACAGUAGACAUUUCAGUUCAUGGGCACAAAGUAGUUUUGAGGUGUAUAUACCCUUUUGUUACGAAACUCACUACAGCAACUGGCCGGAAAGUAGACCAUGACUUACGGUGCGAUAUUUGUGUUUGGCAAGAAGGACACAAUGAAUUGAAAAAUUGUGCAACUCGAAAAUCAAAAUUUAAGCUUAAUAUAACACAACCAAAAUUCACUCCGUGUGUGUCUGCUCGAGUGAAUUCAAUGCAAUGGGAAAUGAAAACAGAAUGGUCAACACAAAAGUGUUUCCAAGUCCAAUUCUUAAGUUUGCAUGAAAAAAUUCUAUUUGGACAUGUAGCUGCGAUUGCAUUUUUCAUAGGGCUUAUAACUGUCAGCAUCAUCUGGAUAUUUGUAAAGAAGGAAUUAGUCUUACCAAAAUCUUUGAUGCUUAUUGUUAAGGCCAUCAAGCCAUAUGCUGAUAUGAAAAUCGAGGAGGAUGCAGUAUCUGUUGUGAUUAAAUGUGAGGAUGUGUGUCCAGUCGAAAGUAAUGAUUUUUAUGAGGAAGUGGCAAAGCCCAUUUCAAAUCCAGAUGUCACAGAACCACUUACUGUUGAUCUGAAAUAUGCUGGGAAGGGCUGGCCAUAUGAUCAACCUCAAACUCUGUUGAAUAUUACUUAAUUCUUCAAUUUCUAAGAGCGCACAUGUUGUAAUAUAGCUCCAUGUCCCCCAAACAUCUGGUAGAUGUUAUGCAUCAUUAUUGUGUAAUUAAUGACUUAGGGAAUUUCAUAAAAGAUUUUGUAUUUCAGGAUUGUACAACACGAAGUUUAAUAUUGGUUUAACUUACAUUGUGGUAGCAAAACUUCUCCCAGUAUUUGGGAUUUAUAUAUUCACUGUUUGGUAUGUUU